AUGCGAGAUAUCGUCCUCCCAAAUGGCAUGACUAUUUCCCGCGGAACCAACAUUGCUGUUGAUUCGCCCAUGAUGUGGGAUCCCACUGUUUAUCUUAACCAUUCCGCCUACGACGGCUACCGUUUUCUUCGUCUACGCCAAUCCGGCAAUGCUGGGGCAGCACUCGCUUCCAUCAGUCCGGAGCAUAUCGCUUUCGGGAUUGGGAAGCCAAUCUGCGUGGGGAGGCUCUUUGCUAGUAACGAAGUCAAGAUCGCUCUGGCCAAGAUUAUGUUGACUUAUGAUGUCAGAAUUCUAGAUAGUGUCAAGCCAAAGGUUGUGGAGAUGGGGUUGAGAUGUUGA